GGGCCAGUGGAGUCCAUGGUUCACAGACCAGGAGACAGAGACUCAGAGGUUCAGGGCCUGUGGAGAAGCAGGCUGGGACCCACUUCUGCAUGGCGCUGUUUUCCUGCUGAUAGUCAUGGGAAAAACCGUCUCGAUCAGUGAGGGAGGCCAGGGCAUGGCAGGCAGCCCUGACUUGCUGGGUCAGUGUCCUCGGGCUGUUGGAACAAACUACCACAGACCUGGGGCUGAAACACGGCGGGAGUGGUUCCCCCAGCUCUGGAGGCCAGAAGUCUGAGAAGGAGGCAGGGCAGGGCCGUGCGGCUUCCAGUGGGGCUGGCGGUCCUUGGGUGCCUCGUCGUCACGUGACCCUCUUCCUCUGUGUGGCCGUCUUCUCUUACAAGGGCAGGAGUCAUUGGGUGAAGGACCCUCCCUGCUCCAGCACGGCCUCAUCGUCACUGAUUCCACCCGCACAAACCCUUAUUCCCGCCGUGGUUCACAUGCUGAGGUCUGGGGUUAGGCCUUCCACGUGUGCUUUUCCAGGGACACAGUUCUCCUAAUACUGGUCCUGUUAGCAGCACAAACCAAACAUUGUCGCUAGCACUCCUUCCGGGUGUCUUUCUCAACAACUGCUGUCGUGUGAGAGCAGGGUGGUGGCUCAGUGUAAGUCAGGACACCACUGGGAAGCCGCCACCCAGGGGAGUCAGCGCAAGGGAGUAAAUGGGGUUAACGGGGCGUGUGGCCACGCCUGUCUGAGAGGCGCCAGCGCCAGCGGGGCCCUCCCCAGCCCAGCGAGGGGCAGGCUCGGACCCUGGGCGGCUCCUGCUUCCCCCUUGGCGGCCGGGGCCCCGCUGGUCCUGCCCCGCUCGUCCCGUCCGUGUGCGCACUGCGUCCGCCUGCGAUUCGGGCGCGCUCACACUCUCCUCCCGCGAGCCGCUCCUCUAAGCGAGCUCUUCCUCUCUCAGAGAAACCGCUCUUCCCUUUGCCUCCGCUAAGUGACUUGGCUUAUCUCUGCCCAGAAGGGGCCCCAGGCUGAGAGAGGUGACAUCGAGAGAUCUCCGGGUGUGUAGAAAAAAUGACGAUGGGGACACAAGUGUUGUUGUUGAAAAGGACCAUUUCAUGGAUGAUUUCUUCCAUCAGGUGGAGGAGAUCAGGAACGGUACAGCUCAGAUAGCGCAACAUGUUGAAGAAAUAAAGAAGAACCACAGCAUCGUUCUUUCCGCACCAAACCCAGAAGGAAAAAUUAAAGAAGAGCUUGAAGAUCUGAACAAAGAAAUCAAGAAAACUGCUAACAAAAUCCGAGCCAAGUUAAAGUCUAUUGAGCAAAGUUUUGACCAGGAUGAGAGUGGGAACCGGACUUCGGUGGAUCUUCGCAUCCGGAGAACCCAGCAUUCCGUACUAUCUCGGAAAUUUGUGGAAGUUAUGACAGAAUAUAAUGAGGCCCAGACCCUGUUCCGGGAGCGGAGUAAAGGACGGAUACAGCGUCAGCUAGAAAUAACUGGAAGAACCACGACGGACGAUGAGCUGGAGGAGAUGCUGGAGAGCGGGAGCCCUUCUGUCUUCACGGCAGACAUUAUAUCAGAUUCACAAAUUACUAGACAAGCUCUCAAUGAAAUUGAGUCUCGUCACAAGGACAUCAUGAAGCUGGAGACCAGCAUCCGGGAGCUGCAUGAGAUGUUCACGGACAUGGCCAUGUUCGUGGAGACCCAGGGUGAAAUGAUCAACAACAUAGAAAAAAACGUGAUGAACGCCACAGAGUACGUGGAGCACGCUAAAGAAGAGACGAAGAGAGCCAUUAGAUACCACAGCAGAGCCAGGAGGCAACAACAUUGUCAUAGCAACCAUAUCCUGAGAGCCACUCUCCUUGGAGUCAGACCACACCUGCAGCAAGUCCACGGCCUCCCGUUACAUGACUGAGCCCCAGACGCUGUGACGCGUGGUGCUGGGUGCUGAUGUUUUAUGAGUGAAGGCGAGGGGAAAACUCGACAGGAUGCAUCAUCGUUCAGGGAACGUCUGUGAGUGGGAUGGGUGUGACGAGUACCACAACAUCCCUGGACUCUGAACAGCACAUCACAAAAAUGUAACAAUGUGAAACUCACUUCAGUGGCCUUAAAAUAAGGAAUUAUUGAAAAUUUCAAUUUUUUUUUAUAAUUCAGUGUUAAAAAUACAUGUGACGUUUAAUUAGGGAUGCUUUAUGUUAGGAAGCUAUUGGAUUUCAGGUGUGAGCUUUCCUCCCCACCACUCCCAGCUAACGUGCUAAUUAAGAGUGUUUGUACUGUGUUUAAUUCGUGUGUGUGUUGUUUGCAACAAAAAUGUUUAUCAUCACAGCUGUUUUGUAAGGUAUCUAUAAUUUUAAAUGUUUAUAAAUUGUUUAAUAUAUUAACAUCUUAAUUUACUCCAUUUUUAUAUAUUGAAUAUUGCCUUUGGAAGAAUAUUCCUGAUAUUAUUAGAGCUGGCUUUGCACAGCCGUUCACAGUUUGCCUUUGGCUCAGCACACGUCGGCUGCAGCGCCCCGAAGAGCCUUCCCCACGCCUUCUCUUGAUGCUGGUUUGUGAGGCUCCCACGCCCCUGACCCUCCAUGACCGUCCCCGUUACUGUGCUCCCGUCCACGGCCCGGAUAAUAAACCAGCUCCCGCACGGCGACACGCCACGGCCUCCUGCCUGUUCGCUAGAAAUAAGGUGUGUGUGUCUCUGUUUACAUUAAUAAGGCCUGAGCUUAGGGUGGUGAGAAGACCAAGAUUUAUUAGUACUUCCCGAAAUUACUUCCAGAUGUUAAUUCUUCUAAAUGUAAACUGUUGCACAGAGCCCUUAAACGCUCGUUAAGUACUUACUAUUCUGCUGCACUUCAAAAGUGAAUUCCCAAAGUUUAUAGGAAUCUGUAAUGAAACAUCUUUAUUGCUUAUAAAUGCUUUUUAGUGUAAUAAUGGUUUAUCUUUUGACUUGUAAAACUUACGGAAUCUCACUAGCAAGUGGACAUCUAGUUGGAACUGUGAGUGAAUGUGAAGGACGUUCAGAUGCCACUAACUGCUUGCUGCUGUCGCGAUUGUGUAAGCACACGCCUGUGUUCUGACGUUGGUGUGCAAACAGAUGGGGAUGUGCUUGGUUCCACACGGGAAGUGUGAAUGGUACUGAGCAGUUUGGAAACUGUUCUUCAUGUAAUGCAAUUACGAAUUCCACUGGCUCCUGGUUUAUGCGUCCGGCGGCCUAGCGUGGACUCACAUCUGAACGGAGGCUUUUGCUUCUGAUCACCGCGGCGUCCUCAGCGUUACGAGAGGAGCCUUCUGGCGGUCACGUGUGUUCUUAAAAGUCUCGAAUGGCCUGUCCGUGGGGUGUGCUCACUGACGGGUGCCAACGUCGGAAACGCGCCUCGAGGGAUAUUCACAUACUUACCGAUGAUGCUCGUGUUAGCGUAGCUCUUGUGCCUGUCUGUGUGAUUAUGUCCGGGUGUUCGCCGGCCCCCGAUCUCCUCCAGCUCCGUCUCCUCAGCCUCGCCUCCCGUCAGGGUUCGGGCUGUGCUCAUUCAGGUCCUUUUCCCUUCGUCUGAAGGCCUUACUGAAUGUGUGCUUUUGUCGUUAUGCAAAAGCCUUCUGAUUUCUGCUUAGAUAAAUAUUUAAGUCAUCAGAUAGCACGUCUGUGUGGAAGCCUCAAGUGCCUGUUUGAGAUCAGAGUUUUAAAGAUAUAUUUACAGGUUCACUUGUUACUUUUUAUCGUUUCUUCAAGUAUUUUAUGUUUACAUUUAAAAAAAAAAACUGCCAGAGAACUGAAAACAAAUUUACUUUCUGUCUUGUCAUUUCUGGAAAGGUUUUUGGAGACAUACUUUAUUGCAUAUCCAUUAAUAAAUUGUUCUACUAAGGAAA